GUUUUGCGGGGAGUGCCUGCAGCCCUGCCUCCAAGUGCCAUCCCCGCUCUGCCCGCUCUGCCGCAUGCCCUUCGAUCCCAAGAAGGUGGAAAAGGCUUCCAGCGUGGAGAAACAGCUUUCAUCCUACAAAGCUCCCUGCAGAGGCUGCAGCAAGAAGGUGACCCUCGCGAAAAUGCGCUCUCACGUCUCGUCCUGCGCCAAGGUGCAGGAGCAGAUGGCCAACUGCCCCAAGUUCGUUCCGGUUGUCCCCACGUCCCAGCCUAUCCCCAGCAAUAUUCCCAAUCGCUCGACGUUCGUGUGUCCGUACUGCGGGGCCCGGAACCUGGACCAGCAGGAGCUGGUGAAGCACUGCAUGGAGAACCACCGCAAUGACCCCAACAAAGUGGUGUGCCCGGUCUGCUCAGCCAUGCCCUGGGGGGACCCCAGCUACAAGAGCGCCAACUUCCUCCAGCACCUCCUCCACAGGCACAAGUUCUCCUACGACACCUUCGUGGACUACAACAUCGACGAGGAGGCAGCGCUGCAGGCUGCGCUGGCGCUCUCGCUCUCCGAGAACUGA